AUGUUUGUUCACGAAGAAUAUAAUAACACAGAAUACGAAUACGGCGGAACUGUAAUGAAUGACGUGGCGCUGCUGAAAUUGUCCGAAAAAGUUCCAAGGACAACUCAUGUGCUGCCUCUGUGCGGCAAGGACUUCAACAGCACUGGAUUGGAGCUGAAGCUGGUAGGGUUGGGAAAUAUUCACCCCAUCGCUCCAAUAACCGGAGAGGCAAAAAAAGAGGAGCCUACAGAUUUGCGGCUGCAGGAAGUAGAGUUAGGAGAGACAACCACCUGUCCCAAACUAUGGAAGGGCCAUACACCCGUUUCAGAGAUGGAAGUAUGUGCUUUGGGGGGUGAUAAACAAGGCUGCUAUGGCGACAGUGGGGGCCCCUUGUUCCCCGUUGACGAAGAGGACGAUGCCAUGUGUCUCUAUGGUGUCGUGAGCUACGGAAGUGAGAACUGCCUAGGUGGUGUAACCAUCUUCAUGAAAGUGCCCUACUUCGAAGACUGGAUUGAACAAACAAUCCAUCAGAACAGUUAA